GUCCACUCACUCCCCCCGCCCCAUAGCCUCGGCGCCGCCCGGAAUUCAAUCGCAAAUCCAAACUGCUUGUUAACAGGUGGCUCUACGCGGUAAGGGUCACAAGACGAUUGUAAAGGGACGCCGAAGUUUGGAGGAAAAUUAUCCGCUGUUUGAUGUAGUGUAGCCGGUGGGCGUGGCUCCUCGAUUGGUUCAUCUCCGAGGUGAGUGUCUGCCGCUGGCACCUCGGGCAUCCUAGGUUAAUCCGGCUGUUUAUUUUGGUGGUUCGGUCUGUGUGAGGUUAAGACGGCUCGCUUCCCUAUCUGAAGGUUUUGAUACAGGACUUGCUCAGUCAUGAACGGACAAGUGGAAGAAGUCAAGAAGUAUGGAGAGAGACCAAUGGGAAGCCCUGUCAGGGUUGUAAAGGCAGAUCCAGAUCUUGUAUCUGAUGUCACAAUUUCUUGUUCAACUCCAACCGCUCACGACUUCUCUGAUAGGAAACGUCAGGAUGAAAUGUUGGCGUGGGAAUCUGUUGUUGCUGACUUACCGUCAGAUGAUGAAGAUGGUGAGAUAUUUGACAAAACUGUUGCCUCUAUAAUUAUUGGCAUGAACAUGGUGCAGUACCUGAAUCUUUUCAAAGAUGCAGACAUAGGUCUUAAUUUGUUCCUUACCCUAAGCGAGGAUGACUUGGAAGUUAUUGGCAUAGAGGACAAAGCGCACAGGAAAGACAUUGCUCAUGGCAUUUACAACAUCAGAAAGAAGAGAGUAGGAAACAGCCCUUCUCGAGGGCUGCAGGAUGAUGUUUUGGAUGCGACAAUGAGUGUGCAAGAAACUAUUCCUGUCAUGUGUCACACUGUCAAACACAUCAAUAAUCUUGUCAUCCUUCUGCGGAAUUAUCGAUCAAGGCUGAACUCUAGCAGUGUCAGAAAUAAUGUCCUGGACCCUCAUCACUCUGCUGCUGUUGGAGCCAAAAUCUUGACCAAAGAAGCUCUUGCUCAAGCAGAGUUACUGAAAGUACAGUUGCACGGAAUGCUGUUAAAACUUGAUCCUAUGAGGCCUGAGAAAUGCCGAAAGACCAGAUCUGCAAGUGUAAAGUCUAAGAAAGAAAGAAGAGCUAUAUAUGGAGCAGUUCUUGUGUCAGCAGGUAUAUCUUUCCUUUUGGCUCUUAUUUUACGUAGACGAUAAGCUGAAUAUUAAGGAUUGGCAUUCUAAGCCAAAUCUGUGCCAUGUUUGAGUAGAUACUCUUCAUUGAAGAGGUAGGGGACCGAAUCUUAAUUUAUUAUUUAGUUAAUUAGCAAUAAAUUAUACUUAAGGGUUGAAUCUCCUUUAUUGCAUAUGCCUGGAGGGCUGUGACAAACAUGGUGCAAGAAACAUGUGCUGCUCAAAUUUACACUGUAUUAUUGUAUUCUGUGAUAAAUUAUUCCUAGUUUUCCAUAUUGUAGGUAAAAUUUAUGGUGAUCCAAAAUCUCAUUUUAUGUUUGUUUCAUUCAUUAAACCGCUUACAACGAUUAAUGAAAACAAAAUUAAACUUGUUUUGCAAAUAA